AAGAAGGGAAGGUAAUAGAGAAAUUCAACUGUACUGCACUUUUACUCUAUCUCUCGAGAACAUCUUAACCUGUUACCGGUCCUUCCGGUAUCUUCUGCGACUUCUCAAGUCACGACUACCCUCUCGUCUUCUCUGUGCAGCCUCAAAUCCUUCUCUUCCGUUGCAGCCCAGAACCUCUAUCAGUUUUUUGUCUGCUCAAUCCCUUUGUUUUGCCUGGAGUCGUGGAGGGUUUCUUGCUGCGAAUCCGUGUUGAAGUUUACUCCUUUCGGGGCGUUUUCGAGCUCUGGUCAUGUCAAAUUCCUCACUUUCGCUGGUAAGAUAUCGUUUUUGAAAUGUCUUUCGAAGGAUCUUGGAUGUCGUUUUUCAGCUUCGAGGUUCAGCCUGGCAUCACUUUCAGGUCUGAAGUUAUGUUGCAAAGUUUCCUAAUCCUACAGUUUGAUAGCUGAAUCCUCUGUGUCUCAGAGGACUACAUUCAAGACUAUAACUUGGUGCGCCCUGUUUGAUAAAAAAAUGGCAGAAAUAUUUAGUUACACAGCUUGCAGACAGUUGUCCCAAUUGCUCUUGUCGAUCAUCUUCUUUCAUGGGUCUGAGUAUAUCCUCGCAGUCGCCUAUCAUGGAAGAUCAAAUGUAACUCUUAAGUCCCUCUUGAUCAGCCGAAAUUAUCUUCUUGCAAUGUUCUUUUCGCUGGUGGAGUAUCUUCUUGAAGUUUCUGUAUUUCCAGCUUUGAAAGAAUGCUGGUGGAUCAGCAAUUUCGGUUUAGCCAUGAUUGUAGUUGGGGAAAUCAUUAGGAAGAUGGCAAUCAUCACUGCUGGGCAGGCGUUCACGCAUUUGAUCAAAAUAUAUCAUGAGGAUCAUCACAAGCUGGUAACUCACGGAAUCUAUCGGUUCAUCCGUCAUCCUGGAUAUUGCGGAUUUUUCAUCUGGUCGGUCGGGACUCAGAUAAUGCUGUGCAAUCCCGUGUCAACGCUUGUGUUCGCAGCAGUCGUUUGGCACUUCUUUGCGACACGGAUACCGUAUGAAGAGUUUUUCUUAAGACAAUUCUUUGGGCGAGAGUAUGAGGAAUACGCCCAAACUGUUAUUUCCGGGGUCCCAUUUGUGAAGUGAGUUCUCCAUGUGAAGGUCUCAGGAAAGAGUAUAGCAUCCUAGAUUCAGUUAAUAUUGUCUAGUGGAGGCCUCUAUGUAGCAAAUUAAAUUGGAUUGGACAAUGUCGAGGCCUCUAUUUGUAGAUGAAACUCUUUGAGCCCUUCAGCUACAGAUUGGACUAUUUAUCAGUUGUAAAGCGCAAUUUUGCAAAUUGUCAAAUCAUCUUUGCUCAGCAUGUUUGUUUUGAAAAUUGUUGUGCAAACUUGACAAUUUACUACAUGAAGACUCAUCGUGCUUGUCCUUAGGUAUCUCUUAUGUAAUGGUUGUGUUACAUUUUAGAACA